AUGCCUCAAAAACCAAACAGACUAGCGAAGACAACAACACAUUGGCUGCCCGUGAUCCAGAGCCCCGACGCCACAAAGGGAAAACACCCACCAUGGCGCUGUCAGUGGGAAAGAGGCACGGCGAGGUCAAACAUUCAGCCAAACCAUGUCGAAAGGGAGCAUGUUUGUAUGAGCAGUCACUCCGAGUGCUUCCCCAGCCUGCAUGCGAGCUUCUCAAUGGUUGCCCGAAAUGGCCAUGUGGGUGAGGUCGGAUCUUCUUCUACGUACAAGGAUCUUGGAGCUAGGCUGCGUUCAGGCAAGGUGGACUCGCUCUCUUCUCUUUUGAUUUGGAUCUUCAAAUCUCACCACCACCGCCAUCGUCAUCGUCAUCACGCUUCAUAUUACCAGGAAUCGGAUACCAUUGUCGGCGGCCAGCCCUGCCAUCACCCGUCUGCGCGCACCGCGUUUAAUGUACUGUCUCAGCCCUACUGGUGGUUCCCUUCGGAUACCGGCCGUGGGCCCGUGGCGCUCUCUCUGCUCCGCCUUUAG